CUCAAUCUCCCAUGAUUCCCGAGGAAAGCGCCUCGCGACGACAACAGUAGGCGCCUCUAGGACGACUGGACUGGCGGAGCAACACGGCAUGUUUAUGUCAAAGUUGUAGUUUGUGCGUUCAUGUCAUGUGUGUCAACCAAUUUGUACAUUAGUAAUGUUAAAGAUUAUGUGAGCUACGAGUUAAACGUUGCAUGUUAGAGGUUUUAUUGACCGCGAUAGAAAAAUACGUCAACUGAGCUCGCUGGCUAACGUCGGAGUUCAAGCUAACGUCCGGCGUUAAGUUCACAGAGGACAGAGGCUUUCCCCGGUUAAUCAUGGCUUACUCCUUGAUAUUUAAAACCGCACACCGACAUUUGCAGCAGACGGCAACACUGUGCGCCGUGCAGGCAUGUCGACUCCCGCAGGUCAGCUUGCUCUGUCACAAGCAGAGGGCUUUCUCCUCCACAUCGUCAACAAGGCUGACUCUCCUCAGAGGACCCGAGGCUCCUCCAUCCGUCCUGGACUGCUUGAUCCGGCCGCAGCGGCGGGGCAUCUGCCUGCACUUCAGAGCCAGGAGUAAAAACAGCCCCGAGGACAGAGAGGGAGGGCAGGCGUCCGUUUCCAGGUAUCAGAGUGGGACCCCGAAGCCCUCAGCUGCACAGAAAGUAAAGGACGCUGGCAGAGAUUUCACCUACUUGAUAGUUGUACUCAUCGGGCUUGGAGUGACAGGUGGGCUGCUGUAUGUGGUGUUCCAGGAGCUUUUCUCCUCAUCAAGUCCUAACAAAAUCUAUGGCAAGGCCUUUGACAAAGUCAGGCUACACCCAGAGGUGAUUGGUGCAUUUGGGGAGCCAAUCAAGUGUUAUGGCGAGACUACCCGUCGAGGAAGGAGGCAGCAAGUCAGUCAUUUGGAGUACCUGAAGGAUGGGCUGAAGUACAUGAGACUGAAGUUUUACAUCGAAGGCUCAGAGCCAGGCCUUAAAGGAACUGUUCAUUCAGAAUCUAAAGAGAAUGCUGAAAGUGGAAAGUAUGAGUUUCGUUACAUAUUUGUGGACAUAGACACCUACCCAAGACGGACCAUCAUCGUGGAGGACAACAGAUAAAAAAAAAAAAAAAAAGAUAAUGCACUCAACCAGUUCAAAGUGUUACUUUCCUGACAAAAAAUGAGGGAAAAUCUGUCUGUAAAAGACAAGUUUGUGUUGUUG